AUGGGGCCAUCCAUUCCUCUUUUAUCGGCCUUGCUUCGCAAGAAACCAUUCCCCAUGCCUUCUCCAGGACCACCUUUACCGCCAGGCAAACUGGUUGAUGAGGAACUCUCGCCACCUGGCGAGGUUCUCGCCGAUCGUUACCAAACCAUAGUCAAGGUUGGCUGGGGUGUGUCUUCAACAGUAUGGAUCGCGCGUGAUCUCCAAGGACAUAUCGAUGAGUCAGAGACCGCCGUGGCACUAAAAGUCACCAAUAACAAUGCAAGUUCCGCUGGUCAUGAGCGCGAGAUUGAAGAGCUUAUUUUCAAGGCAGACCCAUCGCAUCGCGGUCGCUCACUUAUUCGAAGGUUUAUAGACGCUUUUGAAGUCAAAGGGCCAGAAGGUUCUCAUUCGUGUCUUGUGUAUCCGCUCAUGAGGGAGCCAUUGUCGAUGUAUCAGCGACGCUUUGAAAAAAGAAAGAUGCCACUGCCUCUCAUCAAAACGUACAUUCGUGUUCUUCCAACCAGGCUUGAUAAUCUUCACAACAAAUGCAGGGUAGUCCAUACGGAUCUAAAGCUCGAAAACAUCAUGGUCUCGAUCGAGGAUCCAACCGUGCUUGCCGAAUUCAUGGAUUCUCAGCUUGAAAAACCGAUGGCUUUCAAGAUUGAUUCGACGGGACAACCAGUGUAUCAGUCCCGCGAUGACUUCGGGCCACUCAAAAGCCUAAGAAGCAUACCACAGCUUGUCGACUUUGGCUUGACAACUAGACUCGAGGAAGACGAUGACUGGGGAGUGUGGCCUAUUCAACCAGACCACUAUCGGGCGCCAGAGGUGAUCCUGGGUAAUGGAUGGCAAAUGUCUGCGGAUAUUUGGAAUCUGGGUGUUCUGUUGUGGGAUUUGAUCGGCAGAAAAGAGCUAUUUCAGCACAUCCAUGACCAAGAAGGUCGCUACGAUGCUAAACUACACAUCGCGGAAAUUAUAGCCUUACUCGGUCCACCUCCUCCAGAGAUCAUACAAAGGUAUCAAUACAUGCGAGAGUACUCAUGGCCGGAACCUGUCAGACGAGAGGACGGCAGAGUAUGCGAGACCGCGGAGGAGUACUUCUGUGGGCCGUUCUUCGACAGUAAUGGUCGCUUUCUCUACGAAGACCUGAUCCCCGACCGGAAGCUCGGUGAUACAGUUCCCUUCCUUGAGGGAGAGGAGCGGGAAGCGUUUUUGGAUCUCGCCAAGGGAAUGCUUGAUUGGCAUCCGAACGUGAGAAAAACAGCCGGCAAACUGGCGGAGCAUCCUUUUCUCCAGUUAAAGCAAACGAGUGCCUGAUUCUACGAAGUUUGGUAGCGGAAUCCCAGUUCGGGGGUGCUACCGGACAAUCGGUUAAACGUUAACCUUUUAUUGUGAACGAUAUUUAAU